AUGAUAGAAAAGAUGAUGAAACUCCAGAAAAUAACAAACAAAAACCAUGAGGCCUCCAUAAAGAGCCUAGAAAGGCAGAUCGGGCAAAUCUCCAAGCAAAUUUUUGUUGAGAGACCUUCAAGCUCACUGCCUAGUGACACAAUCCCAAAUCCCAAGGAGGAAUGCAAGGCAAUACAAUUAAGGAGUGGGAGAAUAUUGAUAAGCAACAAUGACACUACAAAGAAGCAAGCAGAGAGCAUCAAAGAACCAACAGGGAACAAAAAGCAAAUGAAGGCAGAUGAAGUACUAGAUCAAGAGGAGAUGCCAAACAAAAGCACUGAAAAGCUUAAAGAGAAGGAUAACCACCAGAGUCAACAGCAAGUAAGGAAAAACAGCAUAACUCCACUGCCAUAUCCUCAGAGAUUCAACAAAGAGCUUAUCAAUAAGAAAAGAAGUUGGCUUGAGAGGGAAACCGUAUUACUCACCGAGGAAUGCAGUGCUGUGAUUCAACGGGGUAUUCCACCAAAACUCAAGGAUCCGGGGGGCUUUGUAGUGUCGUGCACCAUUGGAAAAACAAUUCUCAACAAAGCUCUCUGUGACCUUGGUGCCAGCAUCAAUUUAAUGCCUCUUUCAAUGAUGAGAAAGCUUGAUAUAGAAGAGCUCAAACCCACCAGGAUGUCAUUAGUUAUGGCUGACAGAUCCAUUAAGACACCCAAUGGAAUUGUGAAAAAUCUGUUGGUGAAGAUUGGGGAAUUUAUCUUCCCAGCAGAUUUUGUGAUUUUGGAUACUGAAGAGGAAGGAAGUGACUCAAUCAUUUUGGGAAGGCCAUUUUUACACACAGCAAGAGCCAUCAUUGAUGUAGAAAAAGGAGAAAUGAUCUUCAGGGUCCAUAAUGAACAAAUGAUCAUAAAUGUUUUCAAGUCAAUGCAAAACAUCCCUGAGCAAGAGGACUAUGUAAAAGUGGAUAUGAUUGAGAGUUUGGUGGAAGAAAUGCUGGAAGAAAAUUCUCAGGAGCAAGAAGGAAAUCAAGGUGCAACAGAAGAACAAGUAGCUGAGACCUUCAUUGAAGAUGAGAAACAGGACAAGAAGGAAGAAGUACGGAAACAAGAACUGAAACCACUACCUCCCCAUCUCAAAUAUGCAUUUCUAGGUACAUCAGAGAGUUUCCCAGUGAUCAUUAAUUCAUCCCUGACAAAGAAGGAAGAGGAGAGCUUCUCAAUGUACUCAAAGCUCACAAAGAUGCUUUAG